UCACAAUAUUAUAGAAUAUGAAUGACAACAGAUUAUAAAAUGGCUGAGUUGGAUUUGUUAGUUCAACAUGGGGGAGAUCGUCUUUAUAUUACCUUCAAACAAAUAAAGCUUGCAAGGGAUAGAACAGUUUUCUUGAAAAUACAUCUUUUCCCGGGGGUCCAUGAAGACUUCAGAACAAGAUCUAUAAACACAAGUUUACAGAAAACUUUUGAUGAGACUUUCACAUUCUUCCUACCUAAGGAGAAACUAAUGUCUAAAAGUUUGGACGUCGAGGUCUUUGGAUUCAACUCUAUCGGUGAGGAAAGCUUAGGAGGGAGACGAGUGAGGUUUGCUGAAAUGGAUUUAGAAAAUGGAAAUAUUCUCAGCUGGAAACUCAGUCCUGCCAACCAAGAAACCACGACAGGAAACUUUAGCGAGGUUUGUUUAAUCGAGGAUAAUAUAGCAGCAGAGGAUGGAAAGGAUGCUCUAGCUCUAGGAGCAGAUCAAACUAUUAAUAUUGACGAGGAAGAUGGUCUAGAGCUUAUGAAGGAUUCUACUUCAGACUCUUCUGAUUCAGAUUUAGAUGAUACAGAAGCUGUCGGAGAGAAAAUUACAAGUCUUCCAGAUUUAAACAGGAGGCUUAAAACUGUUAUCCAAGAGAACAGAAGGAUGGAAGGAGAUGAGGAGAUAGCAUUCAACCUAAACCUAGAAAUGCAGAAUAUGUCCAAGGAGUUUAUUGAAUUGAACAACAUCGUGACUAAACUAGAGAUCCAGAUCCAGGAGGAGACGAGGGGGAACACAGUCCUCCAAGAGAAGAUAGAGAUGAACAAGAACAAGAUGAUGCUCCGGGGCAAUAAGGAGAAGGAGCUACACCAAAAGAUACUUGAAAAGAAUCAGGAUUAUGCUGGAAGUGUGACUAAGCUGGAGGACAUAAAGCUGGAGGUGGAGAGGAAGAAGAAGGAGAACGUGAACCUGAAGGAGGACCUGGAGAAGAUACAGCUGGAGUUGGUAGAGAGGAUUGCAUUAAAGAAUGUUGAGGAUAAGAUGGGAUCCUGGUUUGAGAACCUGGAGAACAUUAAGGAGGGACGAGAUUACAAUCCUAAUCAGUUCUCAGAUCUCCUAGAGAGUGAACUGGCGAACAUUAGAGAGAUGAUUGAUAAACUUAACUCCGGGGUUCAAGAGAAACAUGCUCUACUCCUCAAGGACCUGGAGAUGCAGAAACCAACCCAACCUCAACCAUCAAACAGAACCAACGAGGAGGACGAUCUUAAGAAGAAAUUAGAAGAACUCCUGGCAGAGAAGAUAAGUUUAAAAAUGAAGAUAAAAGAACUUGAGUUCAAUAAGACGGAGGAGAAUCAGAUCUUCAAAUCUAAAAUACAGGCCCUGGACCAGAUUCAAGCCUACCUAUCCGAGGAGAGAGAGGAGAUGAGACAAAAGCUAAACCCGUCCUUCUCCCCCUCCUCACCAACACACCAGGAGAUUCAAACCUCGGCUAGAAUACUAGAUAGAGAGAUCAAACAUUUAGAGAGUGGAGAACUGGGAGAAAAGCAGAGAAUGGCCUCACAGCUCAUUGCAGAUAUUCACAAUUCUGCAAACCCUUCAACAUAAACUUUUUUUACAAAAAAAAAUUAAAUUUACAAAAUGUUCCUAAAACUUUUUAAGACUAGUGCCUCAAGCUUGGGCAUUGUUUUUUAUUAUGGCCAUGUUGAUUCAUGAAGUAUUCAAGAAUAUUCAAGAACAAUAAUCAUUCAUCUUCUUUCAUCAAAAAGAAUUAGAGCAGUAGUUCUAGUUAAUAAUACUUAAUCUCAGAUUACACUGGUACUGGAUGUUUUACUAAUAAAUGCACUUAUACAACUAAUAAAACUAAAGUUCUUAUUAUCUAAAUUUAACAAUAAAAACUGAUAAAUUAAUUGUUUAUUUAUAUUUCAACUAUUUUAAUGUAAUGAAAAUUGUUUCUUCAAUGUCCAUUGGUAUAUUUUUACAAGACCUCAUUCAUCAGUAUUCACAGAAUAAAAGAUUAAUUUAACAAAUAUUUGCAAUAUGCAUUAUACAAGCUGUAUUGCAGUGUAUAGUAUACAUGAUUAUUUAACAAACAAAUAUAUAUUAUAUAAACAAACUGUAUCAAAAAUUACUAUGGAGUUGAUUUUUUAACAAGAACACUUGCUUCAAACUUUAAUAUCUUUGCAUAUAAUAUGGCACUAGGUCGCAAAGAAAUAAGGAUUCAAAAAUCAGAGUUUGAGAGUAUUAAUUUUAUUGUAGAGAUACAUAGUUGUUUUAAAUCUGAGCAUUCUCAGGUACAAAAUACAAAAAUAGGCCAAGAGAGGUAAUUCUUAUUUCUAUUCUUUAUUCUUAGGUACUAAAGUCUUAUUUCUAAGAAGGGUGUCACAAUGGGAAUUUAGACUCAAACUGUAAAUCAUUUUAGAUUUCUGAUAAUUGAUAAAUGAUCAAAAAAUUAUUUUAGCAAAAAUAAUAUCAUCCCCCCCUCCCCCUGGAGACCCAG